AUGCCAAGACAGAUUUGGCCUCAAUAUCACAUUUGGUUACAUGCGUUGUUACACAACACGUAUCAAUUCCCUCUUCAAAUUGUGGGCUGCUGUAAUAGACGUAUCGCCAGAACAUGGUUCAAUAUUGGUGUAGCUAUAGGUCUGAGUCUGAUGGUCCUCUCUGUAUUAGUUCUGUUGUUUUCAUUGUAUCAAGCUUUAUUUAGUCAAUCAAAAAACGGAAACAAAGUUCUCAUUCCAGUUAUGCCUGGAGUCAAUGUACCCUGGAGUCAAAUAACACACUACUUUUUCACCCUCGUCAUAUGUGGUGUGUUCCAUGAAGUAGGGCAUGCACUGGCUGCAGUUACAGAACAAGUCGUUUUUAACGGGUUUGGUCUCUUUAUUUUUUUUCUUUACCCAGGAGCAUUCGUUGACCUCCAUUCUGACCAUUUAACAGUGAUAUCCCCAAAACGACAGCUGCGUAUAUAUUGUGCUGGUGUUUGGCACAAUAUAAUUUUAUCAUUACUGGUUUUUCUUUUCUCUCUUGCUCUUCCUUAUCUUCUCCUUCCUUUCUAUACCACAGGUAAUGGAGCUGUUGUGAUAAAUAUAGCUCAAGACAGUGUACUACAAAAUAAACUUAGUCCAGGGGUAGUCUUGACACAACUGGAUUCCUGUAGCGUCCACACACAAAAUGAUUGGUCCUCAUGUCUGCAGGACAAGCUGCCCAUAUACAAAGAGGCUAUGUAUAUAUCAAAGGAGUUUCUAGACAAUCAAAAGACUUUUCUUACUGAACGAAACUCACAAACUUUAACAAGAUGGUGGCAUUGA